GAUGGAAAAUGCAAUGUUUUCUUUCGAUGAGUUGAACUGUUUUGGAUUUCAAGAUGAGUUCAUUUCAACAAAUGUAGUUUCUGAGAGUACGGAUGGAGGGGACAAAGGCACAAAUGGUCCAUCUUAUGGAGCUCAAGAAUGGAGAGAAUCUGCAGGUAUUGAUUCUCUUUGUUCUGAUUAUGGAUUCUAUAAAGAAAACUUAUGGGAGCAAGAAUUACUCAUCUCCAGCUAUGAGGAACAAGAACGGCUGCAACAAUCAUUCUUGGAUUGUGAGCAGUUCGAUGAUUUCAAGUUUAAUAUCUUAUCUCCGCCACUUGAGACUUGUCUUGAGGAAAUCACAAAGCUUGGUGAAAUCCAGAAAGGAAUUCAAGAGGUUGAACCCAAGGAGGACAAGUCAUAUCCAAUUUCUUCAGAAUCACUUCAGCUGCUAAGAAGUUACAAUAAAGGGUUUAAACAGCUAAGCAGCGGGAGAGUAAUUGUGCCAAUAAAUUGUACCCCAUCCACCAUAGCUGCUGGCCAGGGAUUGUCAACAGAAGAGAUCAUCAGGAUUGCUGGAGCAAGGUUUAUCCAAUCCUCUUGCCAGGGAGUUGAAGUUGCUUCCAUAUUCAACAAUCCUUUUUAUCUCUCUUCGUCUGGCCUUUCUGAUGAGGAUGCCAAAAUGGUGAAACUCGCUGAAUCCCUUCUUGCUUCUGCUGAGAAAAUAGGCAAUCAACAAUUUGAUUGUGCUAGCAGAUUGCUUAAACAAUGCAAUUCCUUUUCUUCCAAUGAAGGAAAUCCUGUGCAACGAGUAGCUUACUAUUUUGCUGAAGUUCUCCAAGAAAGAAUCGACAUAGAAAUAGGCAGGAUCACAUCAAAAGAGCAGUGGAAGAAGCAAUCAUUUGAUAUUGAUAAAGCAAUGACGACUCCAAACCCAACAGCCCUGGCAAGUCACCAAGCAAUUCCCUUCUGUCAGAUUCUCCAUUUUGCUGGAAUUCAAGCCAUCUUGGACAAUGUGGAUGAUGCCAGCAGAAUUCACAUAAUUGAUUUUACACUAAGAUGUGGACUUCAAUGGACUGUUUUAAUGCAAGCUUUAGUUUCUCGAUGCGAAUGCCCUGUCGAGCUUCUCAAGAUAACUGCAAUUGCAACUGCAUGGGAGGAUUUAAUUGAGACUACAGGUAAGAGGUUAACCGCUUUUGCACAAACCAUGAACUUGGCCUUUUCCUUUAAGAUAGUUGUGGUAUCAGAUGUGUUGGAGCUUAAAGAAGAUCUAUUAGAAAUAGAUGAUGAGGAAAUAGUAGCUAUCUACUCUGAUAAUCUGCCUAGAAGCCUAAUUGCAUUGCCAAAGAGGCUGGAGUCUAUUAUGAGAAUGAUCAAAAACAUCAUUCCCUGUGUAAUGGUGGUCGCUGAAAUUGAGUCAAAUCAAAACUCACCCACUUUCUUGAAUCGUUUCAUUGAAGCACUUUUCUUCUUUAGUGCAUAUUUCGAUUGUCUUGACGCAUGUAUGGAACGAGAUGAUUCAAAUAGGUUGAUUUUGGAAGCAAUGUACCUUGGUAAAGGAAUCCGAAACGCUAUAGCUAUUGAGGGAGAGGAAAAGACGAUUCGAAGUCGAAAGCUUGAUGCUUGGAGGUCAUUCUAUGCUCGUUUUGGCAUGGUGGAGAUUGAUCUGAGUUCUUCAUCCUUGCUCCAAGCAAAUUUGAUAGUGAAGAAAUUUGCAUGUGGAAACUAUUGCACACUUAACAAAAAUGGGAAAAGCUUGAUUAUUGGAUGGAAAGGCACACCCCUUCAUUCCCUUUCUGCCUGGAAGUUCAUCUUAGAAGAAUAAAAAUGAAAUUAAGAUUGCAAUUGAAUUCUUGUAUGCCCAUACGUAGAAUCAAGCAGAAGUAUCCGAUUAUGGUGAAUUUAUGUGUUUGUAAAAUGUAAGGUGAAAUUAUAAUAAA